UUCGACUUUUACUCCACUCUUCUUCUAACCACACCAUGCCAAUCUUACCCCACGACUCCGAAGCAUUCUCCAAGAAGACUGUGUUCAUUGGAGGCAUCAAUGUCCACAUCUACAACGCUGACUCACUUCAAUCGCAUGUUGAGAACACCACCGGUGACAUCCCAGUGGACGUGUUGUACUUGGUCCACGAACGUCUAGGCAACUACAAAUACACCGAGGCGUUUGCGUUCAAGAUACUUGAGCAAUUCUACAAGAAAGGAGGCAAGCAGCUCGUUUGUGUGACGUUUGAUGUCAGAAACCACGGAGAAAGAACUGUCGAUGAGUCCAAGAACCAGGACUGGAGGGGAGGCAACGCUUCGCACGCUUCCGAUUUGAUCACAGUGAUAGACGGCAUUGUGGCCGACCUCAAGCUCUUGACCACUUCCGUGCCAUUCUACCUCGACUUGGACCGCUAUAUUUCGCGUGCCAACAAGGAGCUUGGCACCACCAUCAAGUAUCGCCACUCUUUCAGCGGAAAUUCACUUGGGGGACAUGCUGUGAUCCGGUUCGCCAACGAAUACCCCAACCUCGUCAACGUGCUCAAUCCCGUCAUUGGAUGUCCUGAUUUGACCACGUUGUUGGUCAACAGACUCACCAAGGCUCCAUUGGACAGCGUUGCGUACGACAAAAAGUACUUCUACUUCGAGUACGACGAGUUGCCAUUGAAUGCAGAGCAAAGGCUCGUUUACCCCGAGUCAUUGCAUAGGCACAUUGCAGCCCAGGAUAUCUCCAUUUAUGAAAACUUCAACAUGAACAUCAAGUUGUUUUCUUCGCACGGGAAGGACGACAAGUUGGUUCCAACCAAAUUGGCCAGCUCGUGGUUGGACAUCUACAAGAACACCAACGGAGUCACCGAGGCUUUUAUUCAAGAAGGCGUAGGGCACGCCACCACCGAGGAAAUGAUCGACAACUUCACUACCUGGUUGGUGAAGCACAUAUAGCUGGCAAGACCGAAAUUGAAGAGGUGAUAAUUCCAAGUGGAUUGCAAUUUCAGCGAUUGCAAAGCACGCCCGUGAGAAUCGUAAAACCUGUUGUUCAUACCAAUGAUAUGAGGCCUCUAAAAUGAAUAUAGUAAUAGAAAUACUACCACCUCGCCUGUAAGCAUCCACCACCUGCGAAGUGACUUGAAAUGACCUUCCAUUGUGGAUUUAACAGUUCACCAUCAGAGCUUGAAUUUCUACAGCUACUUUAGUAUUCACACUAGGUGCUACACCCAGAACCCUUUCAAAUAUUUAAUAGGUAAUUUUAUUAAAAUUCUCUUUGUAAAAAUAGUAAUACCAUUUACAUAUGCAGAUACGUUACCAAUUACCCUACGAUCUGGUGUCGUCAAUCGAGAUUUAGAAUUAGUUACCCCCCUCAACAGUACUGUGCACGGUACCCAUGGCUCGUUCCCAUCCCCCUU